AUGUCCAACAGCAGCUCCAUCACCCAGUUCCUCCUCCUGGCAUUUGCAGACACGCGGGAGCUGCAGCUCUUCCACUUCUGGACCUUCCUGGGCAUCUACCUGGCUGCCAUCCUGGGCAACGGCCUCAUCAUCACCACCAUCGCCUAUGACCACCGCCUCCACACCCCCAUGUACUUCUUCCUCCUCAACCUCUCCCUCCUCGACCUGGGCUCCAUCUCCACCACCCUCCCCAAAGCCAUGGCCAAUUCCCUGUGGGACACCAGGGACAUCUCCUAUGCAGGAUGUGCUGCAUAUUGUAUUCUCACCAUUAUGGCCUAUGACCGCCAUGUUGCCAUCUGCCAACCCCUGCACUACGGGACCCUCCUGGGCAGCAGAGCUUGUGUCCACAUGGCAGCAGCUGCCUGGGGCUUUGUUUUCCUCUACGCUGUGCUGCACACGGCCAAUACAUUUUCACUACCACUCUGCCAGGGCAAUGCCCUGGACCAGUUCUUCUGUGAAAUCCCCCAGAUCCUCAAGCUCUCCUGCUCAGACUCCUACCUCAGGGAAGUUGGGCUUCUUGUGGUCAGUGCCUGUUUAAUCUUCGGGUGCUUUGUUUUCAUCGUGCUGUCCUAUGUGCAGAUCUUCAGGGCCGUGCUGAGGGUCCCCUCUGAGCAGGGACGGCACAAAGCCUUCUCCACGUGCCUCCCUCACCUGGCCGUGGUCUCCCUGUUUCUCAGCACUGGCGCAUUUGCCUACCUGAAGCCCCCCUCCACCUCCUCCCCAGUUCUCGACCUAGUGGUGGCAGUUCUGUACUCGGUGGUGCCUCCAGUAGUGAACCCCCUCAUCUACAGCAUGAGGAACCAGGAGCUCAAGGAGGCCAUUAGUUGGCCGAAGGGAUUCCCCACCAUCAUCCAGGACGAUGCCCCCAGAUGCUGCCCUGUCUCUCACAACUGCUCCAUUAGAGCUUGCAGUGCCCCGCACCUGUCCUGA